GGGGAUGGGAGAGGGAGCGGGGGUGGCGGCGGGCGCGGAGAUCUGGGCCAAGUACCGCGGGCGCCUGGGGCGGGCGCGGGCGACUGCCUGACGUGGCGGGGGCUUGGCCGGGAGACCCCCGGGCGUCCGGCGCGGGCCUGGCGCCGUGGCGCGGGCGCGCCGAGGCCUGCGCGUGGCUGAAGCGGACCGUGGCCCUCGCAGCCGGGUCGGUCAAGUUCCGUCGCCAGCCGUGGGUCCGAGUGUGGCCUCUGGCCUGUCCCCGUCCCUCGAAGCUAUUCGAGCAGGGAUUGCAACAGGCGGCGGGCGGGCCUGGCUGCCGCUCCCGGCGUGACUUCAAGCUCUUCAGCCGCGGCUGCGGUUGUUGAGAGAAGCCGGAGAGCUCGCGCUGUCAGUGCAAAAAUCUCCGGGUUGUACUAGUUUAGAGCCUGUACAGGCCGAACGAACGGACCUGUCCGGGCGCAACGGGGCCACCUUCUGCCCGCGGCUGCUUCCUAGGCUGACUUCAGUAGUGAGGGCUGCUGUGCCUGUCAGGAUGGCUGAGGAGCAGGACUUUGCCCAGCUGUGCAGGCUGCCCACACAGCCCUCCCAUUCACACUGCGUCAACAAUACCUAUCGAAGCACACAGCACUCCCAGGCCCUGCUCCGUGGCCUGCUUGCUUUACGAGACAGUGGGAUCCUCUUUGAUGUUGUCCUGGUGGUAGAGGGGAAGCACAUUGAGGCCCAUCGAAUUCUGCUGGCUGCAUCAUGUGAUUACUUCAGAGGAAUGUUUGCUGGGGGACUGAAGGAGAUGGAGCAGGAAGAGGUCUUGAUCCACGGUGUGUCUUACAAUGCUAUGUGCCAAAUCCUGCAUUUCAUAUACACUUCUGAACUAGAGCUCAGCCUGAGCAAUGUGCAAGAGACCCUGGUUGCUGCCUGCCAACUUCAGAUACCAGAGAUUAUCCACUUCUGCUGUGAUUUCCUCAUGUCAUGGGUAGAUGAGGAGAACAUCCUUGAUGUCUACCGGCUGGCAGAGCUCUUUGACUUGAAUCGUCUGACCCAACAGCUAGAUACCUACAUCCUCAAAAACUUUGUGGCCUUCUCGAGAACUGACAAGUACCGCCAGCUGCCCUUGGAGAAGGUCUAUUCUCUCCUCAGCAGCAAUCGCCUGGAGGUUUCCUGUGAGACUGAAGUAUAUGAAGGGGCCCUGCUGUACCAUUACUCCCUGGAGCAGGUGCAGGCUGACCAGAUCUCACUGCAUGAGCCCCCCAAGCUCCUAGAGACUGUGCGUUUUCCCCUGAUGGAAGCCGAGGUCCUCCAGCGGCUGCAUGACAAGCUUGGUCCUAGCCCCCUGAGGGACACAGUGGCCAGUGCCCUUAUGUACCACCGGAAUGAAAGCCUACAGCCCAGCCUUCAGGGCCCACAGACAGAGCUUCGCUCGGACUUCCAGUGUGUUGUGGGCUUUGGGGGCAUUCACUCCACACCAUCUACAAUCCUCAGUGAUCAGGCCAAGUACCUGAAUCCCCUACUGGGAGAGUGGAAACACUUCACUGCCUCUCUGGCGCCCCGAAUGUCCAACCAGGGCAUUGCAGUGCUCAACAACUUCGUGUACUUAAUUGGAGGGGAUAAUAAUGUCCAAGGAUUUCGAGCUGAGUCCCGAUGCUGGAGGUAUGACCCAAGGCACAAUCGCUGGUUCCAGAUCCAGUCCUUGCAACAGGAACAUGCAGACCUGUGUGUGUGUGUAGUGGGCAAGUACAUCUACGCUGUGGCAGGCCGUGACUACCACAAUGACCUGAGUGCUGUGGAGCGCUAUGACCCUGCCACCAACUCCUGGGACUAUGUGGCCCCACUCAAGAAGGAGGUAUAUGCCCAUGCAGGCACUACGCUGCAGGGGAAGAUGUACAUUACCUGUGGUCGCAGAGGAGAGGACUACCUGAAAGAGACACACUGCUAUGACCCAGGAAGCAACACGUGGCAUACUCUGGCUGAUGGGCCUGUGCGACGGGCUUGGCAUGGCAUGGCUGCCCUCCUUGACAAGCUGUUUGUGAUUGGAGGCAGCAACAAUGAUGCUGGCUACAGGAGGGAUGUGCACCAGGUGGCUUGCUACAGUUGUACAUCUCGUCAGUGGUCAUUGGUCUGCCCACUCCCAGCUGGGCAUGGUGAGCCUGGCAUUGCUGUGCUAGACAACAGGAUAUAUGUGCUGGGUGGCCGCUCUCACAACCGAGGCAGCCGCACAGGCUACGUGCACAUCUACGACAUGGAGAAAGACUGCUGGGAAGAGGGACCCCAGCUGAACAAUUCCAUCUCAGGCCUGGCAGCCUGUGUGCUCACCUUGCCCCGCUCCCUGCUCUGUGAGCAACCCCGAGGGACCCCCAACCGUAGCCAGGCAGAUGCAGACUUUGCGUCUGAGGUGAUGAGUGUGUCUGACUGGGAAGAGUUUGACAACUCUAGCGAGGACUAGGGUUCUCCCCAGUGUUUGGGUGUUCAUGGGGGGUAAUGGACAGUGAAGGCCAUAGAGCCUGGUUAGAACACCAGGCUUCAGGGGAGGGGCCCUUCCCCAAGCCAUCCUGGUUCACCAGCUACCCCUUUUCACUCUGUUUCUUCAACCAGCCAGCUGCCAGCAUUUGCAGACUCAGUGGCUGUGAAUUAUGUUACAAAGAAAAGUGCUGGGGAAAAGACUGCUAUUAUCUGAGGGAAUGACCAGGUCCAUCCUCUGUAAACUCUGAAUAAAUGGUAUCUAUUUAGUCUCUUCUUCUCCCUAGUCUGGUCCCUGAUGGGUUAAAUAAGGUCCUUCCUGCAAGAGGUCCUGGGGAGAGCACUCCUAGCCAUAGCCAAAGUUUGUGGCUCCCUUUCUGUGAACCAUGGUCAGUCUGGUAAGCAGCUCCAGCUGCCUGCAGCCAGAGCCUUGAGUACUGGGGAGCUCUCAAGGUUAAAGAUAAAAGUAUAACAGUAUAAACUGGUCCUAGAGAUAAAGAGAUACCCUCAUUGCUCUGUGUUUCUGACCCAAUAUUGUUGAAAAAUGAAAUAAAGCAUUAUGCAAAAGCUGUUACAUCUAA